AUGGCUCUUCAACUCCCACUGAAGCUCUGGCCAACGAGCUCCCGGCCGGUAUACUCACCUAGUGUGGCUACGAGCAAUAGGUCGUGCUCGAUAGAUGUUCAUGAUACGUUUGGGCCGACAGUGGCAUACUCGUGUCUUAAUGGCUUCGAUUUCACGCUGCUUUUUGAAGAGAGUGUCCUGACUUUAUUGCCACUUUUGCUCACCGUUGUGAUACUCGUCCCCCGCGCGAUUUUACUUCGCAAGACUGCCCCGAAGGCCAAACGAUCAUGGCUGUUUGCUCUGAAAUGUGUGACAUAUUCCAUCUACAUCGUGCUACAGAUCGUCUUUCUGGCUCUUCUGGUUCGACAGGACACUCCAUCCACCAGACUCACCGUACCGCUGGUAGUCACCGUCGUGGUUAGUUUCAUCUGGCUUCUCUAUGUCUCAUAUCUGGAGCAUGUCCGAUGUGUGAGGCCGUCGACCAUUCUUUGCCUCUAUUUCGGUAUCUCUGCUCUGCUAGAUUUGGCGCGUUUGCGUACCCUCUUCUUCAUCCCGAACUAUCAUAUAGCGGCACUGGUCAACCUUGCAAGCUACGCUGUGAAGUUGGUGUUGUUGAUCCUGGAAGUCACUGAAAAGCGAAGUCUGCUGUUGUGGCAGUGGAAAGAUUCGUCUCCCGAAGAUGUCGCCUCUUACUACAGCCGAGUCUUAUUCCUCUGGCUCAACCGGGUGUUUAUCAGGGGAUACAACACGCGUCUAACUGUAGACAGUUUGACGCCUCUGGACCAAGCUAUUUUGACCGCUUCUCGGCCUACAAAGUUGGAGCAGAGGUGGGCGAAAGCCGAAAAAUCGAGCAAGGGCGCUUUGCUUUGGGUCUUUGUAUGUCAUUACAAAUGGGCCCUGUUGGGUGGUGUGUUGCCGCGCCUCACCUAUAUUGCAUUCACUUUCGUCGAGCCGUCACUCGUGGAGAGAACCUUGAAUUUUACCUCGGAACCUGAGAGCCCGAACUCAACAAACAUAGCCUACGGCCUCAUCGGCGCGUAUGCUCUCGUCCACCUUGGCAAAGCGAUGUCGCUAGCCUGGUACGAGCACAUGACAUAUCGCGCCCUGACACUGUUUCGCGGUAGCCUUGUCACGUUGAUCUUCGGCAAGACUCUUCGCCUGAGCACCAGUGCUGUCAAAGACGCCGAGGCCAUCACGCUGAUGAGCGCCGAUAUCGAUCGAAUCGGUCUUUCCAUGGAGAUCAUUCACGAUGCUUACGCCGCGGUCGUAGAGCUUGCCUUGUCUCUUUGGCUGCUCUCUAGGCUGCUCGGCAUCGCAGUUCUGCCUCCUACCUUCUUCAUUGUCGGCAAGUAUAACCCGGCUCUUGUUCUGUGUCUUGGAUUUGGAAUUCCCAUUGCCUCUGCCGCUGGAAACGCGCAGGUGCCAUGGCUCGAGGCGAUCGAGAAACGCUUGGCCGUGACCUCCAAGAUGGUGGGGACGAUGAAGGUGAUUCGAAUGACCGGCUUGACAGACAUCAUCCACAAGAUUGUUACCAGUCUCAGAAGCAAGGAAAUCCGAGCAUCACGCGCCUUCCGUCUCUUGUCCGUGCUACAGACUGGAGCUGCCAAUUGCACAUUUACCUUUGCUCCCGUCCUGGGUCUCGGAACCUUUGCCAUCUUGGCUAAGGUCAACAACACGGAGGCAUUGACAGAGGGUAUGGCUUUUGCAGUCCUGAGUCUGUUCAACCUCCAGGACAGGCCCGUCAUGUCCUUGCUUCAUGGCUUCGAAGACUUCCAGACCAUAUACAACGCCUUUUAUCGUAUUCAGACCUACCUCUUGUCUGCUGAGAGGGAAGACUCGCGAGCGACUCCUCUCUACCAACAGCCCGAAGCGUCAUCGGAUGAGAGCUUACCGAAAAUCUCUACUACAGUGGCAUCCGGCCACGGCGUUCUGACCAAGGUCGUUGACAACAAUUCUGAAUCCAGCGUUAUUCGUCUCACUGAAGCCUCGGGGGGUUAUACUCCUGAAACAAUGAUCCUCAGAGGAAUCAACCUGGGGAUUAGUGGCGGCAAGGUAACCAUGAUUGUCGGGCCUGUCGGUUCCGGCAAGUCAACACUGUUGCGCCUUCUCCUCGGCGAGCUGCCCCAAGUGUCAGGUUCCGUCGUCUCGGACUUUUCCAAAUGUGCAUAUGCCCCCCAAUCGCCGUGGAUUACGUGGGGCACAGUACGAAGCAACAUCCUGGGAAUGACGCCGUGGGAUGCUGGGUGGUACCGCAAAGUUGUUCGCGCGUGUUCGCUAGACGGUGAUUUUGAAGGUCUGCCAGAUGGCGACCAGACAAAAACUGGGAUCCGAGGCUCUCAUCUGAGUGGCGGCCAACAGAUUCGUGUUUCGUUGGCUCGUGCUUUGUACUCUAGGAACAAACUCCUUGUUUUGGAUGAUGUCCUGACAGGUCUUGACCGGACGACUGAGGCCGCUGUGCUGGAUGCCGUUUUCGGUGAGGACGGCAUCCUCAAAAAUAUAGGGUCAACGGUCGUGCUUGCUACAAAUUCUGCUGGCCACCUACGCUACGCCGACCAUAUAAUAGUUCUCAACACGGAAGGGGGUAUCGCUGAGCAAGGCACUCUUGAAGACGUUUCCGCAUCCGGGGGCUAUGUGCAGCGCCUGGAGAGCUUGCCAGUUGCUGAGACGUCCCGGCAGGAAGCCCUGGAGGUGCCAGAGGAAGUCUAUCAGGAACUCGGCCUCGAAAAUGAGGACGACGAGUUAGAUGCUGCCCACCGGGCCAGUGACUGGCAGGUGUACACUUACUACAUCCAGGUUGCCGGUGUAUGGACCUUUUCAGCCUAUCUCGUUAUCUGCGUGGCGUAUAUAUUUGGCCUUAGCUUUCCCUCAAUAUGGUUACAAUGGUGGACCCAUUACAAUAAAGAACAUCCCAACGACAACAUUGGCUACUGGCUUGGCGUAUACUUUGCCCUCGCAAGUUUAGCGAUUGCAGGGUGUAUGGCAUCCGACUGGGCUUUUCGAAUGAUGGUGGUUCCAAAAACCUCGCGCAAAUUCCACGAGCUUUUGCUCGAUACAACUAUGCACGCAACAACAUCGUUUCUGACAUCUACAAAUGUCGGAAUCACCACGAACCGCUUCAGCCAAGACCUGCAGCUUAUCGACAGUGAUCUGCCGCAGUCUCUCGACGAGUGCGUCAUGAACUUUCUUGGUGUCUUGAUCUCAGCCGUGUUGGUGUUUACCGGCUCGGGCUACGUUGCUGCUACUAUUCCCGCCUGCGUAGCUGUCAUCUUCUUUGUCCAGAUGUUUUAUCUGCGUACCUCACGUCAGUUGCGUCUGCUCGAUAUUGAGGCUAAGGCGCCCCUAUUUUCCCAUUUCAUUGAGACCCUGGGCGGCAUCGCCUGCAUCCGCGCAUAUGGGUGGUCAGAACAGUACAUGGACCGGAGCUACGACGUCCUCGACGCCUCGCAGAAGCCGUACUAUCUAUUGUGGUGCAUUCAGAGGUGGCUGACCGUGGUGCUGGACCUGUUGGCCGGCGCCAUCGCCGUGAUGCUGGUCGCGUUUGCAACACUGGUGCGCAACGGGUCGACUGGGCUGCUGGGCGUGGCGCUCUUCAAUGUCAUCAGUUUCAGUGGCGCUCUCCAGUCUCUUGUCACGCAGUGGACACAGCUGGAGACAGGCCUUGGUGCCAUCAGUCGUGUCAAGGCAUUCGUUGAAGAGACCAAAUCAGAGAAAUGUGAGGGAGAGACGGACGAGGACUUGCCAGAUGCUUGGCCGGCAACUGGUUCUAUUAUUCUGAAUAACGUCUCCGCCUCUUACGAGUCAUCUACUGCUCCUGUCGUCGAUGGAUUCAACUUGACCAUCCAACCAGGUGAAAAGAUUGCAUUGUGCGGGCGAACCGGAAGUGGUAAAUCGUCACUGCUCUUGGCUAUUCUUGGUAUGCUGGACCUCGAUGAGGGCAGCAUCACCAUUGACGGGUACGCCACCGGAGAGAUAUCGCGAGAGACACUGCGCAGCCGCCUCAACAUAUUACCACAGGAGCCCUUCUUUCUGUACGGGAGUGUGCGCGAGAACAUGGACCCGCUGCACAUCUUGACCGACGAACGGAUUAUCGAAACCCUACGUGCCGUUCAUCUCUGGGACUUGCUGGAUGACCGCGGUGGGCUCGACGCCCCAAUGGACGAGGAUGCUCUGUCCCACGGCCAGCGACAGCUAUUCUGUCUUGCCCGCGCUAUUGCGCGCCCGGGUAAGAUCAUCAUCAUUGACGAGGCGACGAGCAGCGUCGACGCGGAGACGGAUGAGCUCAUGCAGCGGGUACUACGAGAAGAGCUCCAGGGCCGCACCCUGAUCGCCAUUGCUCACAAGCUAAACACAGUGCUCGACUUCGAUCGGGUCGUGCUAAUUGACAAGGGCAAGCCGCUGGAAUCUGGGAACCCGCAAGAGCUCCUGGCCGACCCAGCGUCCAUGUUCUCUAAGCUAUACAGGGGUGGAGCAAGUGGGUGA